AUGGCGGACCCAAACAAUAUCUCCCAGUACAAAUAUGUCAACAUGUCCAACUUGGUCCUGCAACAUGACAAGAGGUUCUCGACUCGCAGGACUGAUGAGACGACUGGGGACCCAGAGUCGCUUGCUGGGCGCAUCAAUAUACUGGACAUGGGCUCUCGGGAUGCUCGAGAGAGCGUGCCGAAACCAAUCAAGAAGACUGCAGGUCUGAAAGAUAUAGAACGAGGCGAUAUCCGUGAUGGCGAAGAUGUUCUCGAAAGGGAGCAGAGGAAACGAAAACGUGGCGAACCGCAACAGAUGCGUGGAGCUGGUAUCCUUUCAGAAGCCGACGCACUCGUAGAAGGGCUGAAAUAUCGUCCGAAGACACCAGCGACGCGACAGAUUUACGACCUUAUAUUGACCAUCACGACCAGCCAUCUUGGAGAUGUUCCCCAUGAAGUUGGGAGGAGCGCCGCAGAUGCCAUACUUGAGUAUCUCAAGGAUGAGAAUAUGAAAGACUAUGACAAGAAAAAAGAGGUUGAUGACUUAUUAGGAGUAACUAUGGGGCCGAAAGAGUUUAAUGAAUUAAUCAAUCUGAGCAAGAAAAUAACAGACUAUGACCAAGAGGAUGAUGCUAAAGCCGAUGGCGGUGACGGUGGGGGGCAAGAUGCCGAGCUAGAUGAGAGGCAGGGUGUAGCAGUCGAUUUUGACGAUGAAGACGACGAGGAUGCGGACCAUGCUCAGACGUUUGAGGUCAGAGAUGGAGAUGAUUCUUCAGAGGAUGAUGAAGAACAACAAGACGAUAUGGUUGGGGAGCGCACCGUUACCACCGGCAACAAGAGUGAUGGCCUUGAGGAGAUAGGCGACAAUGAAGAAAUGGUCAUCAAUGGCGACGUCAAUGCAGUUGGUUCAACACGGGCUCCAGCAGAAGCCCUGAAAGAGAUUUCGACUCGAGUCAUUGAUGCCUACUGGGUUCAGCGUCAAAUAGGUACUAUCUAUACUGACGCACACGAUCAGCAGCAAAAGGCUGCUCAUGCUUUGCAAAUUUUGUCAGGCACCACCGCGGAGGGCGAAGAGAUUCCUCUGAGAGACAUUGAAAAUGACAUGAUGGCACUCUUCGACUAUGAGAAUCAUGAUCUGGUCGUGAAAUUCAUUGAGAAUCGUGACAAGAUCGUUUGGGUCACCAAGUGGCGGAGAGCAGCUGAAGAUCCCAAGGCUCAAGCAUUGGUUGAGCGUGACAUGAUUGCACAUGGACACCGUGAUCUAGUAGAUGAAGUGCAGGGUCGUUAUGAGCCAGACAUAAACACGACAUCUAAGAGCAGCAAGAAGAUGAAGUUAGACCAUCUCAUGGAUAUUGAUGUUCCGAAAGGUGCUCCAGAAGAGGUUAGACAAACCGCAAAGGAAGGUGGGCUGGCAGGAGGCCUUCAGCCUAAACGCUUGAUCAACUUGGAAAACCUCGUCUUUGAUCAAGGCAAUCAUCUUAUGACAAAUCCGAAUGUUAAACUACCUCAGGGAUCUACAAAACGAACUUUCAAAGGUUACGAAGAAAUCCAUGUUCCUGCGCCGAAGCGUCGUGGAGAAGCCGGCGAGCGGAACAUGCCAACAUCAGAUCUUCCUGAUUGGGCACAGGUCGGAUUUGGAAGCUCGAAGGAACUCAACCGGAUUCAGACGAAAUGCUUCCCUUCCGCAUUCAAAGACGACGGAAAUAUGCUGAUAUGCGCCCCCACCGGCUCGGGGAAAACAAAUGUUGCCAUGCUUACUAUCCUCCGAGAAAUUGGCAAUCACCGGAACCACGAGACUGGAGAAAUUAGGCUAGACGACUUCAAAAUUGUCUAUAUCGCUCCUCUAAAGGCUCUAGUGCAAGAGCAGGUAGGGAACUUUGGCAAAAGGCUGGAAUCCUACGGCGUGAGAGUGUCUGAACUCACAGGCGACAGGCAACUCACUAAGCAACAAAUCGCGGACACUCAGAUCAUUGUCACGACGCCAGAAAAAUGGGAUGUUAUUACUCGCAAGGCAACGGACACAAGCUAUACAAAUUUGGUCAGACUCAUUAUCAUUGACGAGAUUCAUCUUUUACAUGACGAUCGAGGUCCUGUUUUGGAAAGCAUUGUAAGUAGAACUGUUCGAAAAAUCGAACAGACUGGCGAUCCUGUCCGCCUGAUUGGUCUCUCCGCUACGCUUCCAAACUAUAAGGACGUUGCAAGCUUCCUCCGCGUUGAUCCCGCCAAUGGUCUUUUCCAUUUCGAUGGCUCAUACCGGCCUUGUCCAUUACGUCAAGAAUUCAUUGGUGUCACCGACAAGAAAGCUAUCAAACAGCUUAAGACCAUGAAUGAUGUCUGUUACACUAAAGUCAUGGAUCAGGUAGGGACUCAAAACCACCAAAUGCUCAUAUUUGUACACUCAAGAAAAGAGACAGCAAAGACUGCUAAGUACAUCAGAGACAAAGCAUUUGAAAUGGAAACAAUUGGUCAAAUACUUCGUAGUGAUGCAGCGAGCAGAGAAGUGUUGCAAGAAGAGGCAUCUCAAAUCGUGGACAAAGAUCUAAAGGACCUUAUGCCUUACGGCUUUGGUAUCCAUCAUGCUGGGAUGAGUCGGGCUGAUCGGAGCUCUGUCGAAGACCUAUUUGCUGAGAAAAUGCUGCAAGUACUAGUUUGCACGGCAACCUUGGCGUGGGGUGUGAACUUGCCAGCGCACACGGUCAUAAUUAAAGGUACCCAGAUCUAUUCUCCUGAGAAAGGUAGCUGGGUCGAGCUCAGUCCACAAGAUGUCCUACAAAUGCUUGGUCGUGCUGGUCGGCCUCAGUACGAUACCAUGGGCGAAGGCAUCGUCAUUACUACCCAGAGCGAGAUGCAGUACUAUCUUUCUUUGAUGAACCAGCAACUACCGAUUGAGAGCCAAUUCGUCAGUAAAUUAGCCGACAAUUUAAAUGCCGAGAUCGUAUUGGGUAGUGUGAGGAGCAGGGAUGAUGCAGUGGAAUGGCUAGGAUAUACGUACCUCUUUGUUCGCAUGCUGCGCUCACCGGGUCUUUACUCGGUCGGAGCUGAAUACGAAGGCGACGAUGCCUUGGAGCAGAAACGCGUCGAUCUUGUACACUCUGCUGCAACCGUUUUGGAAAAAUCAAGCCUGAUCAAAUACGACAAGAAAUCCGGCAAGCUUCAGUCAACGGAGCUCGGGCGUAUUGCGUCACAUUACUAUAUUACCCAUCAUUCGAUGUUCACCUACAAUCAUCAUAUUCAGCCAACGAUCAGCACGAUUGAGCUAUUUCGAAUCUUUGCUCUUAGCGAAGAGUUCAAAUACAUUCCUGUCCGACAGGACGAGAAACUUGAGCUUGCGAAACUUCUGGGUAGGGUUCCAAUACCUGUCAAGGAGAAUAUCGAAGAGCCUCACGCAAAGAUCAAUGUUCUCCUACAAGCCUUCAUCUCGAGAUUGAAACUUGAUGGUCUAGCUUUGAUGGCAGACCUGGUAUAUGUCACCCAGUCUGCCGGCCGAAUUUUGCGGGCUAUCUUCGAGAUAUGUUUGAAAAAGGGUUGGUCGUCUGUAGCAAAGAUCGCCUUAGAUCUUUGUAAGAUGGCUGAAAAGCGCAUGUGGCCAACAAUGACACCGUUGCGACAAUUUCAUGCUUGUCCUCGGGAGGUUGUCUCGAAGGCUGAGAAAAUCGACGUUCCGUGGUCUGCGUAUCUCGAUCUUGAUCCUCCCCGCAUGGGUGAGCUGCUUGGGAUGCCAAAGCAGGGAAAGACUGUGUGCGGCUUGGUCCAGAAAUUUCCCAGGCUUGACGUGCAGGCUCAAGUGCAGCCAAUAACACGGACAAUGCUACGCAUUGAGUUGACAAUCACUCCUAAUUUUCAGUGGGAUGAUACUAUACACGGUACAGCAGAGAGUUUCUGGAUUCUCGUGGAGGACUGUGACGGGGAAGCAAUACUAUUCCAUGACCAAUUUCUUCUACGCAAAGAGUACGCUACGUCGGAGAUGAAUGAGCACUUAAUCGAGUUCACAGUACCUGUCACGGAACCAAUGCCUCCAAAUCACUUCAUCACUGUUCUAUCAGACCGAUGGCUGCAGUCGGAGACGAAGGUAGCUGUCUCAUUCGAGAAGCUCAUACUACCAGAAAAGUUCCCAGCCCAUACGCAGCUCCUAGAUCUUCAGCCAGUGUUGGUCGCCGCGCUCAAGCGUGACGACUUCAAAACCUUAUACCCUGAUUACAGUCAAUUCAACAAAUUUCAGACUCAAGUUUACAAUUCUCUUUUCGCUUCGAACGAUAAUGUCCUCGUAGGGGCACCAACAGGAUCUGGCAAAACAGUGUGCGCUGAAUUUGCCAUUCUCCGACAUUGGUCCAGCCCAACGAAAGGUCGCGCUGUCUACAUUGCCCCGUUCCAGGAGCUUGUAGACCAGCGGUUUGAAGAUUGGCAGGAGAGACUCAGUUCUAUCGCCGGGGGCAAGCAAGUUGUGAAACUCACCGGAGAGACAACGGCAGAUCUUAAGAUACUGGAGAAGGGCGACCUGAUCCUAGCCACGCCUGCGCAAUGGGACGUUCUUUCCCGCCAAUGGCAACGCCGAAAGAAUGUUCAGAGCGUCCAGCUGUUCAUUGCGGAUGAGCUCCAUAUGUUAGGUGGUCAAGGCGGCUUCAUUUAUGAAAUCAUCGUAUCAAGAAUGCACUACGUCGCACUCCAGACAGAAAGCAACAUGCGUAUAGUUGGCUUGAGUGUUUCGCUGUCCAACGCUCGAGACAUAGGGGAAUGGAUCGGAGCUACCAGGCACACAAUCUACAACUUUAGCCCCCACGUUCGGCCUAUUCCACUCGAACUGCACAUUCAAUCAUAUUCCAUCCCUCAUUUCCCUUCGCUAAUGCUAGCGAUGGCUAAGCCGACCUAUGCUUCAAUCCUGCAGCUUUCUGCUGAUAAGCCAGCCCUAGUAUUUGUUCCCAGUCGGAAACAAACAAGAACAACGGCAUUGGAUCUCGUCGCAGCUUGCAUCGCCGAGGAAGAUGAAGAUCGCUUUCUUCACACUACUGUCGAGGAGAUAGAACCUCUAUUACAACGAGUAAAUGAAACAGCGCUGAGAGAGUCUAUCAAACAUGGGAUCGGGUAUUUUCACGAAGCUCUCAGCCUCGGGGACAAAAGAAUUGUUUCUCGUUUAUACGCAGUAGGUGCCUUACAGGUCUUGAUUGCUUCUAGAGACGUUUGCUGGGAGUUGGACUGCACAGCACAUCUUGUUAUCGUAAUGGGUACUCAAUUUUACGAAGGGCGGGAGCAUCGAUAUAUUGACUACCCGAUCAGCGAGGUUCUUCAGAUGUUCGGCAAAGCGACUCGAAUAAUUAACGAUAAAUCCUGCAAAGGAGUGCUUAUGGUACCAGCCGUUAAGCGUGACUAUUACAGGAAAUUUUUGAAUGAGGCUUUGCCAGUUGAGAGUCAUCUCCAGGUGUACAUGCAUGACGCAUUUGUCUCGGAAAUUAGCACAAAGAUCAUAGCAUCCACACAGGAUGCCGUCGAUUGGGCUACAUAUACAUACUUCUAUCGCAGACUGCUUGCAAACCCCAGCUUCUAUGGCCUCGUUGACACUUCACAUGAGGGCCUUAGCACGCACCUCUCAGAACUUGUGGAAAACACCCUCAAGGACCUGUCUGAGGCGAAAAUAAUUGAGCUUGAUGAGGAAGACGACACAGUAACGCCAUUGAAUGCGGCAAUGAUCGCAGCAUACUACAAUAUCUCCUUCAUAACAAUGCAGACUUUCCUUCUCUCGCUGACAGGCCGCACGAAGCUCAAAGGUAUUUUGGAGAUCGUCACGUCAGCAACCGAAUUCGAGUCUAUCCAGAUAAGACGGCAUGAGGAAAACAUUCUGCGUCGGAUUUACGAUCGAGUGCCUGUGAAGAUGGCACAGCCGGCAUAUGAGUCCCCACAUUUCAAGGCGUUCGUCCUCCUUCAAGCUCAUUUUUCGCGAAUGCAGCUCCCCGCAGACCUUGCUAAGGAUCAAGAGACGAUUCUAUCCAAAGUUCUCAACCUUCUGAGCGGCUGUGUCGACGUUCUGUCCUCUGAGGGUCACCUGAACGCUAUGAAUGCGAUGGAAUUAUCGCAGAUGGUUGUACAAGCAAUGUGGGACCGCGACAGUCCACUGAAGCAAAUCCCCCACUUCGAACCUAGUGUUAUCGAAGCGGCCAAAAAAUUGGGUGCAACGGAUGUCUUUGAGUUUAUAGAUCUUAUGGACCCUGACAACAAGGAUUACGAGAACAAAGUCAAGCGCUUGGAUCUUGAUGAUAGGCAGCUGGCGCAAGCAGCCAACUUCACCAAUGACAAAUACCCGAGUGUAGAGAUCGACUUCACAGUUGCAGACCCAAGCGAAAUUGCUACGAAUAGCCCUGCAUACCUUUCGAUACAGAUAACACGUGAGAUGGAAGAGGAUGAAGAACCUGACACGCGAGUACACGCCCCAUUCUACCCGGCAACGAAAAUGGAGAGCUGGUGGCUUGUGGUCGGCGAAGCGAGCUCGAAGAACCUUCUCGCGAUCAAGAGAAUCACGAUUGGAAGGAAGCUGGAUCUCAAGCUCGAAUUCAUUCCGCAGAAGGUUGGAGAGCAGGAGCUCACGCUUUAUCUUAUGUGUGACAGCUACGUUGGCGUAGACCAAGAUCCUACAUUCAAAAUCACAGCUGCGGAGGGCAUGGAGGAGGACGAAGAUGAAGAGAAUGAAGACGAGGGGGAAUGA